ACGAAGAAUGAUUUCUAAGCGCAGCUCCGCAGCCCACUCACCUCGUCGGCUGGGGCCACCUGCUCUGGGAGUUUCGAUUUCCCUUCCCGCGACUGCACCUGCACAGACAUGGGCAACGCCUUACCAAAGCAACACUUGUGUUUGUUUGGCGGGAAUGAGCCUUGCACCGGGCAGGGCUCAGGGCCCACCGCGUGCAGCGCAGCGCGGGUGAUUUAAACCCAGGCAGCUGGCGCCUAGAACCCGACCGGAUGCUCCUUGACUUUGCCCCCGGUCUCCAGACUCCUCUGAUUGGACGUGGCUGCAUUCGGCCGCCCAAUGGCGAGGCGGCGCGCGGCUUCCCGGAAGUGGCGGCGCGGUCAGGGCUGGCCUUGGCUUCAGCUGCGGUUUUGGGGUCAGGACGCUGGGAUCGGCGGCGCUAUGAGUUCCUUCGAGGGGCAGAUGGCCGAGUAUCCAACUAUCUCCAUAGACCGCUUCGACAGGGAGAACCUGAGGGCCCGCGCCUACUUCCUGUCCCACUGCCACAAAGAUCACAUGAAAGGAUUAAGAGCCCCUACCUUGAAAAGAAGGUUGGAGUGCAGCUUGAAGGUUUAUCUAUACUGUUCACCUGUGACUAAGGAGUUGUUGUUAACGAGCCCGAAAUACAGAUUUUGGAAGAAACGAAUUAUACCUAUUGAAAUCGAGACUCCUACCCAGAUAUCUUUAGUGGAUGAAGCAUCAGGAGAGAAGGAAGAGAUUGUUGUGACUCUCUUACCAGCUGGUCACUGCCCGGGAUCAGUUAUGUUUUUAUUUCAGGGCAAUAAUGGAACUGUCCUGUACACAGGAGACUUCAGAUUGGCACAAGGAGAAGCUGCUAGAAUGGAGCUUCUGCAUUCCGGGGGCAGAGUCAAAGACAUCCAGAGUGUAUAUUUAGAUACUACGUUCUGCGAUCCAAGAUUUUACCAAAUUCCAAGUCGGGAGGAGUGUUUAAGUGGAAUCUUAGAGCUGGUUCGAAGCUGGAUCACUCGGAGCCCGUACCAUGUUGUGUGGCUGAACUGCAAAGCAGCUUAUGGCUAUGAAUAUUUGUUCACCAACCUUAGUGAAGAAUUAGGAGUCCAGGUUCAUGUGAAUAAGCUAGACAUGUUUAGGAACAUGCCUGACAUCCUUCAUCAUCUCACGACAGACCGCAACACUCAGAUCCAUGCAUGCCGGCAUCCCAAGGCAGAGGAAUAUUUUCAGUGGAGCAAAUUACCCUGUGGAAUUACUUCCAGAAAUAGAAUUCCACUCCGCAUAAUCAGCAUUAAGCCAUCCACCAUGUGGUUUGGAGAAAGAAGCAGAAAAACAAAUGUAAUUGUGAGGACUGGAGAGAGUUCAUACAGAGCUUGUUUUUCUUUUCACUCCUCCUACAGUGAGAUUAAAGAUUUCUUGAGCUACCUCUGUCCUGUGAACGCAUAUCCAAAUGUCAUUCCAGUUGGCACAACUAUGGAUAAAGUUGUCGAAAUCUUAAAGCCUUUAUGCCAGUCUUCCCAAAGUACGGAGCCAAAGUAUAAACCACUGGGAAAACUGAAGAGAGCUAGAACAGUCCACCGAGACUCAGAGGAGGAAGAUGACUAUCUCUUUGAUGAUCCUCUGCCAAUACCUUUAAGGCACAAAGUUCCAUACCUGGAAACUUUUCACCCUGAGGUAUUUUCAACGACUGCAGUAUCAGAAAAGCAGCCUGAAAAACUGAGACAAACUCCAGGAUGCUGCAGAGUGGGCAGUAUGCAGAGCUCUCGUUUCACAAACUUUGUAGAUUGUGAAGAAUCCAACAGUGAAAGUGAAGAAGAAGUAGGAAUCCCAGCUUCACUGCAAGGAGAUAUGGGCUCUGUACUUCAACUGCAAAAGGCUGAUGGGGAUGUACCCCAGUGGGAAGUAUUCUUUAAAAGAAAUGAUGAAAUCACAGAUGAGAGUUUGGAAAACUUCCCUUCUUCCAUAGAGGCAGGGGGAUCUCAGUCACCAAAGCUUUUCAGUGACUCUGAUGGAGAAUCAACUCACAUAUCCUCCCAGAAUUCUUCCCAGUCAACACACAUAACAGAACAAGGAAGUCAAGGCUGGGACAGCCAAUCUGAUACUGUUUUGUUAUCUUCCCAAGAGAGAAACAGUGGGGAUAUUACUUCCUUGGACAAAGUUGACUACAGACCAACAAUCAAAGAGAAUAUUCCUACCUCUGUCAUGGAACAAAAUGUAAUUUGCCCAAGGAAUACUUACUCUGAUUUGAAAAGCAGAGAUCAAGAUGUGACAAUAGUUCCUAGUACUGGAGAACCAACUACUCUAAGCAGUGAGACACGUAUACCCAAGGAAAAAAGUUUGCUAAAUCUUAGCACAAAUGCAGAUUCCCAGAGCUCUUCUGAUUUUGAAGUUCCCUCAACUCCAGAAGCUGAGUUACCUAAACAAGAGCAUUUACAAUAUUUAUAUGAGAAGCUGGCAACUGGUGAAAGUAUAGCAGUCAAAAAAAGAAAAUGCUCACUCUUAGAUACCUAAGAAUUCAAAGCGCUUCAACCUAGAGCAACCACUAAAAAACCUGCACAGAGAUGACAGUCGAUACUACAAUAGAGAAAACAAACACAGUACUUAAAAAUGUUCAAAUAACCUGGUUGGGUGUGGUGGCUCACACCUGUAAUCCCAGCACUUUGAGGUGGGCAAUCACUUGAGCCCAGGAGUUCAACACCAGCCUGGCUAACACAGUGAGAUGUGUCUCUACUUACAAAAAAAAAAAAAAAAAAAAAAAAAAGCCAGGUAUGUUGGUGGGCCACUCUGGAGGCUGAGGUGAGAGGAUCACUUGAGCCCAGCAGAUUGAGGCUGCAGUGAGCCACGACUGUGCCACUGCACCUCCAGUCUGGGUGACAGAGCAAGACCCUGUUUAAAAAAGAAAAAGGCCAGGCACGGUGGCUCAUGCCUGCAAUCCCAGCUAUUCAGGAGGCCAAGGCAGGAGAAUCACUUGAACCUGGGAAGUGUUGGUUGCAGUGAGCUGAGAUUGUGUCACUGCACUCCAGCCUGGGCAACAAGAGCAAAACUCUGUCUCAGAAAGAAAAAAAAAGGUAGAACUAAACCCAUACUUAUCAAUGAUUACAUUAAAUGUAAAUGGUCUAAGCACAUCAAUGACAAGAGACAUGGGGGAAAACAACAUAACCCAAUGAUCUGCCGUCUAUAAAGAAAGUCAAUUCAAGUGAUAGGUUAAAAGGAUGGAAAAAAGACCAUGUAAAUUAAAGAUGGAGUGGUUAUAGGGACAGUUUCCUAAUGAUAAAAGGUCUAGUUCACCAAGAAGACAAAAUAAUCCUAAAUGUAUAUGCACCUAACAUCUCCAAAAAUUUAUGAAGCUAAAACAGCUGAAAAGAGACAAACUAAUGCAUAAUUACAGCUAGGGAUUAACAUCCCUCCUUGGUAACAGAACUAGUAUAUAUACAUUAAUCAGUAAGAAUAUAGAACUGAAAAUCAUAAGCCAACUGGAUUAAAUUAACAUUUAUAGAACACACCACCCCAAAAUAGCAGAAUGUAUCUCCUGAAGUACACAUGGAACAUUCAGCAUGAUAGAUCAUAUCUUUGAUCAUAAAAAUUGACAACUUAUGGUAAACUGAUGGCUAUAGACAGAAUCACCUUAUUUAUCCCCAAAGAUGUUAAAUCACUUAACCUUGAUGUGAAUAUGGUGGCAACAUUAGAAGUGGACAAUUAGAAUAUAAAAGAAAAUGCUCAAGAAUUAAAUGGUGGCCAGGCACAGUAACUCAUGCCUGCAAUCCCAGUACUUUUAGAGGCUCGCUUGAGCUCAGGGUUUUGAGUCCAGCCUGGGCAACACACAGGGAGACCCUGUCUCUACAAAAUGUUAGCCAGGCAUGGUGGUGUGCACCUGUAGUCCUAUUUGGAAGGCUUAGGUGGCAGGAUGGACUGCGCCCAGGAGGUUGAAACUGCAGUGAGCUGACUGUGCCCAGCCUGAGCAACAAAGCAAGACCCCGUCUCAAGAAAAAUAAAAAAACUAAAGUAUA